AUGAAGACUAUAUUAAGAGAAGGUAUGUCGGAAAAAAUGAAAAAUGUGGGCGGUUUAGAGGAAUAUUUGUUUAGUUGUGGAAUUUGGCCAAAUUUUUCAUUUGAGGAACAGUUGACUAAAGAAACCGAGGAAGAAAGUGAAGACGUUGACGAAGCAGCUCCUACUGAUGGAAUUCAUCAAGAAAAUUUAUCCGUUAGAGCAGGAUCGUUACUAAAAUCGUCUAUCCUAAGCGAAAAUGAACUAGCUAUUGAACGUAAACGAUCUGAGAUAUACAGAAAAAUGAGCAAGGUUUCUCUCGUGCCAGCAGUGGAUGAAAUAGUAAAUACUAUGCGUUGUUCGUCGGUUAAAAUGUCAAAGCAGUCUGUUUUGGACAUUUUGGGUCGUUUUAUCAGUAUUCAUAUACCGCUCUGGCUAGGUGUUAUUGCUAUACAAAUUGCACUGAUUGAAAUAUUUGAGAGUAAAUUCUAUCGCACAUUUUACUAUCAUCAUCCUAGAAUGAAGCAACUGGCUAUGGUCGUCGCUGUAAUAUUGGGGAUUUUCCAUGAGGUGAAGUAUACAUGGGUUGUUAACGAUAUUUUGGGUAUUGCAACAUCUUACGUUAUCAUUUCGCGUACUGAAACAGCAAGUUUUUUCGCUGGCUUCUUAUUUCUCCUUGGGAUGAUUUUGUUUGACAUAUUCUGGUUUUACUGUGUCGAUCUUUUCUCAACGGUGACGAAGCACCCCCAUUCACCAGUUAUGUUAACCAUUCCACUGGGAAAAAAAAGAAAGCCUGCUAGGAUUUCAACUGUUGACAUUAUAGUCCCAGGAAUUUUCCUAAAUAUCAUAUUGAAAUUUGCGGAAAUGUACGAUAUUGGAGUAUUCGUCCUAUCUUUUUACGCUUAUGUUUUCGGUUUUUUCGUUACUGAAUUGAUUACCUUAAUCCGGCAAAAAUCGACACCGGCAAUAGUUAUUCCGGGAAUUUUGGCAUUAUUAGCUUCUAUAUUCAGCGCUGACAACCCAUCUGAUUUAUGGCGAUUUGGAAUUAAACAUUAA